CACAUCAGAAGUCGUGUAUGUGGGUGAUCUGAAAAUGAUGAUAUGAUUUUACCUCGUGACACCUUUGUGGUCGAUACUUAAGGAGCAAUUCCCAGUUCCUGUGAUAUUUGCAGGAAAGGCUCUGGUGUGUGCAUCGCCUUUGUGCAGGAAGAAAAUGGCUACUACUGAAUACUUCACAGUCACACCUUCUACAAGCAUGACCACUGACUCAGAAUUCUACGAAAAUGGGAGCUAUUACAACGAAUACUAUGAUAGUGAUUCUGAAAUGUGCUACAGAACAAGCAUCGUGCAAGCUGGAGCGAUCUUCACUCCAGUGUUCUUCUCCAUUGUGGUGAUCCUCAGUCUGUUCGGCAACAUCCUGGUCAUUGUUAUUCUGGCCAUGUAUGAGAAUCUCAGAUCCCUCACCAACACUUUCAUCCUGAACCUGGCUAUAUCAGACCUCUUCUUCACUGCCGGCCUGCCCUUCUGGGCCUACUACCACGUCUAUGGAUGGACUUUAGGGGAACAUGCAUGCAAAAUAGUCAGCUUUGUCUUCUACACUGGCUUCUACAGCAGUGGCAUCCUCCUCAUCCUGAUGACUGCUCACCGUUACGUAGCUGUCAUGAAUCCUCUGUCUAACAUUGUGUCCACCAAAGGCUUUUACAGUGUCCUAGCCUCUCUGAUAAUUUGGGCAGUGAGUGCAUUGGCUGCCAGCCCAGCCUUCGCCUUCACCCAUGUCACCAACAAUUACUGUGUGUUUAAGGAUUCUUACUGGAAAUUAUGGGGAAUCUACCAGCAAAAUAUUCUCUUCAUAUUGAGUUCAGUGGUGUUCAUCUUUUGCUAUUCUCAGAUUAUGUGCAGGUUGCUGCGUCCCACUGCCCGAAGAAGGAAGAACAAAACUUUAAAACUAAUUUUCACUCUCAUGAUUGUUUUCUUCAUGGGCUGGGGACCUUACAAUAUAGUAAUAUUUCUACAGUCAUUAUAUGACUGGCGCCAGCAAUAUGCUGACUCAAACGCUGCAGCUGGAAGCUGUGAAAUGUUAAAACAACUGGAUUACGCCUUUUACAUUAGCCGUCUUUUUGCCUUUUCACACUGCUGCCUUAACCCUGUGUUUUAUGUGUUUGUGGGGGUUAAAUUCAAAAACCACUUGAAGAAAAUGCUGAAGAGUUGGAGUCCCAACAACAACAGCAUCCGUAGUAGACAAAACCGACUCACAAUCCUAUCUAUAACUAGUGGUGAAGAGCUUUCGAUGUAGUUCCAGUUUCCAGGUACUAAGAGAAAGGAAACUUAAUUCAAAGUCGCACUGACAUAUGUGUUCGCAAAUAACUAACAAUCCAGGCUUGUAAUAGUAUGUUGUGUGCUUCAUUCCAUAUGUCUAGAUAAUGUUGGGCAUUACCCACAAGCCCUAGACCAUCAGGGCGGAUGACGCAUUCAAAGUCGGCACUCCUAUUCUGAUUUGGGAAUGUUCACACAUUAUUCCAAGAUGAUUAACCCCACUGGUAGCAUUGUAAUCACAAUUUAAAUAGCAUACAGUACAUUAGCUAAGUUUGCUGUGUUAAACCAGAUACAAACAAAAUCUAGGUCCUUUUAAAUUAGCUUAAUUGAUUACAUGGGACACCUGCUAAACAUCAGCAUGUUAGCAUUAGCAUUUAACUCAAAGCUCUGCUGUGUCUAUUUACUGUCCCACAGAACUGCUAGCAUGGUUGUGUAUAUUAUUUGCUCAAGCGUGCAUAGUUGUCAAGCUACAGUCAUAGCUGACAUACACUCAGUGGCCACUUUAUUAGGUACACCGGUGGACCGGCUUGAUUAUGCAAUUAUCAAAUCAGCCAAUCAUGUGGUAAGAACUUGACCGCAGUAAGAUUGCCAGUUUGGGUGGUUUGAGUUUCUCAGUAACUGCUGAUUUCCUGGAAUUUUCACUUACAACAGCGACAGUGACUUAAAUAAGAACAGGGAACUGAAACUACAGUAGGCACAGAGUCAAAACUGGACAGCAGAAGACUGCAAAACAUUACUUUAUCUGACCAUAUAUUUAGAACAGAAGAACAGAAGAUGAAUCCAUGGAUCCAUCCUGCCUCGUGUAAAAGGUGUAGGCUGUCGGUGGUUGUGUAAUGAUUUCUUGGCACACAUCAAGCCCCUUAAUACCAAUUGAUCAUGGUUUAACUAACAAAUCAGGUAAGCAACUAACCUGAGUAUUGUAGCUGACCAUGUGCAUCCCUUUAUGUCAGCUUAUCUUCUGAUGUACUGGUAGCCAACCUGGGGGUCCUAACCUAUGGUUCGCUAAAGCUUAACAAGGGUCGCAAUGACUUCUUGAUUUUAAGGGGUCAAAGACAACAGGUUUAGGCUUAUUAAGUAUGUAUGAUUGUUAAAAAUAAAAAAAUAAAAAAACGUAUACAGACAGAGAGUUACAUUUAAAGGACACAAACUUCCUGCAGUUGUUGUGUUCACUAUUUGGGUUGAUUGUACAGUUUAUUAGGUGUGUAUAUGUUAUUAAUCAAAUACAAUAUUAAUUAUCCAUAAAAUAUGUCACUUUGUCAGGCAAUGAGUUUAGUGUCAGUCACCAGAUCUCACUAGUAUUAGAAAGGGGGUACCUGGCCACUGGGUGUGUGAGGCUUUUAUUUGACAACAAUGUUAUGUAAUGUAUAAUGUUUCAUCCAUAAUUCCAUCUUGUAGUUUCCAAUCAAACUGUGCUGUUAUUAAACAACAAUAAGUGUCUCUGUGUUAUGUGAUUUUGAAUGCAUGAUGAUAAACUGAUUACACAUUGUAACAGAGAUGAUGUAACUGUAAGUGAUUCACUUUGAUUAACUGCAUUUUACUUUGUCAUAUAAAUCAUUUAGAUCUUCUAUAUUUUCAGUGUUACUUUUGUUUCAAUUGAUUUGUUCAUAGUGUCUUUCCCACACAAUAUCAUCAUAAUCAUCAUUAUAUACAUGCUUUACAGUAAAAUAAAAAUCCCUCAGUUUAA